CAGGUUUUGCAGAACAGGCGAAGGCCAGUGUGGUUAGAAAUGAGUGAGCUGGGGUGGGUGUGAAUCUUGUAGGCCACGACAAGGAGCUUGAUUUUUUUUUCUUCUUCUUCUAGGAGUAAUGGGAAUGUGUUGAGUGAGUAUUGAACCGAAGAGUAAUGUGGCUCAACUGCCUUUUGAAAGGACAUGUAUGGUGUGGAGGAUGGACUUUGGGCAAGGGAGGAAGAGUGGAAGCAGGGGGGUUAUUGCAAGACACCAGGAAGCUACUGAAAUAAUUCAGGUGAGAAAUGAUGGUUGUUUGAAUCAAGGUAGCAGUGCUGGAGGUGGGGAGAUGUGGUUGGAUUAUGGGUAUAUUUUGAAGAUAGAGUCAACAGGAUUUGCUAAUAAUGGACCACAUUUUCCUUUGCUCAUUUAGCUCCAGGAACUCCUUCACUUACACCCCCUAGCGGGCUCCAACAUCCUCACUGGAAGGCUGAGUUACAAGGGCAGAUCCCAGGGACACAGCUAAAUUGGGGAAUUCCUAGGUGUUGUUGGACAAAAGAAUUUAAGACUCAUUAGCCAGGCAGCCGGGCACAGUGGCUUAUGCUUGUAAUCCUAGCACUUCGGGAGGCUGAGGCGGGUGGAUCACCUGAGGUCAGGAGUUUUUGAGACCAGCCUGGCCAACAUGGUGAAACCCUGCCUCUACUAAAAAUAUAAAAAUCAGCCAGGCGUGGUGGCACAUGUCUGUAAUCCCAGCUACUUGGGAGGCUGAGGCAGGAGAAUCACUUGAACCCAAGAGGUGAAGGUUGCAGUGAGCUGAGAUCACACCACUGCACUCCAGCCUGGGCGACAGAGCGAGACUCCGUUUCAAAAAUAAAAUAAAAUAAAAGACUUAUUAGCUGGGCAUGAUGGCGUGCACCUGUAGUCCCAACUACCUUGGAGGCUGAGGUGGGAGGAUCACUUCAGCCUAGGAGGUCAAAGGUGCAGUGAGCUGUAAUUGUGCCACUACACUCCAGACUGGGUGAGAGGAGAGACCCUGUCUCAAAAAAAGGAAAAGAAAAGAAUUUAAGACUCAGGCACUAGGUCUUCCAUCAUUAUCCCAUUUAAUGGGCAGGGCCUCUGCAUGCUAUCUCCUUACCCUGUCUGGCUUCCAUGGACUCAAUUAUUUAUUAGGUCCCUGUUUGUCCAAAUGGGUGUGUCUGUGGCCCCAGGGGUGUGUUGGCAACACCCAAAACAGUCUUGGGUGUUUGGUAUUUGUAUAUGAUACAAGUGAGGGGGCAGCAAAACCUGGGGGUACCAAGUCCUCAGACCCAGGCCAAUCAUUUAUUCCUGUUUCUUUACACAAAACACAGUGGGAUCAGACCUGAUACCACAGGAAAUGCAUAUACACAUUUUGGCCCCAGGUUGGGCAUUUCUGGAGAGCCUGGGAAAGGCCAGGCUAGUCUUACAAAUACUCUUAUGCCAGCAGGGGGUGGGGGAAGCAAGUAGGGGAGUAGGUGACCGGUAGGGUCUGGAGUCAGCAGGCCUUGUUCUGUUUGUGUUGUGCUGCAGUGGGGGAUGCAUUAUAAAUGCAACCAGCCAGAGGGCCCCUGGCUUCAGAACCUAGGACUGUACUGCUUCUGAGAUUCUAUGCAAGCCUCAUGGAAAUGAAGCUGCCAGGCCAGGAGGGGUUUGAAGCCUCCAGUGCUCCUAGAAAUAUUCCUUCGGGGGAGCUGGACAGCAACCCUGACCCUGGCACCGGCCCCAGCCCUGAUGGCCCCUCAGACACAGACAGCAAGGAACUGGGAGUACCCAAAGACCCUCUGCUCUUCAUUCAGCUGAAUGAGCUGCUGGGCUGGCCCCAGGCGCUGGAGUGGAGAGAGACAGGCAGCUACUCUGCAUCUCUGCUCCCGGACAUGGGAGAAAUGCCCCCAAUAACACUGUCUGCCCACCUUCAUCACAGGUGGGUACUGUUUGAGGAGAAGUUGGAGGUGGCUGCAGGCCGGUGGAGUGCCCCUCAUGUGCCCACCCUGGCACUGCCCAGCCUCCAGAAGCUCCGCAGCCUGCUGGCCGAGGGCCUUGUACUGCUGGACUGCCCAGCUCAGAGCCUCCUGGAGCUCGUGGAGCAGGUGACCAGGGUGGAGUCACUGAGCCCAGAGCUGAGAGGGCAGUUGCAGGCCUUGCUGCUGCAGAGACCCCAGCAUUACAACCAGACCACAGGCACCAGGCCCUGCUGGGGCUCUACUCAUCCAAGAAAGGCUUCUAACAGUGAGGAAGCCCCCCUGAGGGAACAGUGUCAGAACCCCCUGAGACAGAAGCUGCCUCCAGGAGCUGAGGCAGGGACUGUGCUGGCAGGGGAGCUGGGCUUCCUGGCACAGCCACUGGGAGCCUUUGUUCGACUGCGGGACCCUGUGGUACUGGGGUCCCUUACUGAGGUGUCCCUCCCAAGCAGGUUUUUCUGCCUUCUCCUGGGCCCCCGUAUGCUGGGAAAGGGCUACCAUGAGAUGGGACGGGCAGCAGCUGUCCUCCUCAGUGACCCGCAAUUCCAGUGGUCAGUUCGUCGGGCCAGCAACCUUCAUGACCUUCUGGCAGCCCUGGAUGCAUUCCUAGAGGAGGCGACAGUGCUUCCCCCAGGUCGGUGGGACCCAACAGCCCGGAUUCCCCCGCCCAAAUGUCUGCCAUCUCAGCACAAAAGGCUUCCCUCGCAACAGCGGGAGAUCAGAGGUCCCGCCGUCCCGCGCCUGACCUCGGCUGAGGACAGACACCGCCAUGGGCCACACGCACCCAGCUCGGAGUUGCAGCGGACCGGCAGGCUGUUUGGGGGCCUUAUCCAGGACGUGCGCAGGAAGGUCCCGUGGUACCCCAGCGAUUUCUUCGACGCCCUGCAUCUCCAGUGCUUCUCGGCCGUACUCUACAUUUACCUGGCCACUGUCACUAAUGCCAUCACUUUUGGGGGUCUGCUGGGAGAUGCCACUGAUGGUGCCCAGGGAGUGCUGGAAAGUUUCCUGGGCACAGCAGUGGCUGGAGCUGCCUUCUGCCUGAUGGCAGGCCAGCCCCUCACCAUCCUGAGCAGCACCGGGCCAGUGCUGGUCUUUGAGCGCCUGCUCUUCUCUUUCAGCAGAGAUUACAGCCUGGACUACCUGCCCUUCCGCCUAUGGGUGGGCAUCUGGGUGGCUACCUUUUGCCUGGUGCUGGUGGCCACAGAGGCCAGUGUGCUGGUGCGCUACUUCACCCGCUUCACUGAGGAAGGUUUCUGUGCCCUCAUCAGCCUCAUCUUCAUCUACGAUGCUGUGGGCAAAAUGCUGAACUUGACCCAUACCUAUCCUAUCCAGAAGCCUGGGUCCUCUGCCUAUGGGUGCCUCUGCCAAUACCCAGGCCCAGGAGGAAAUGAGUCUCAGUGGAUAAGGACAAGGCCAAAAGACAGAGAUGACAUCGUAAGCAUGGACUUAGGCCUGAUCAAUGCAUCCUUGCUGCCGCCACCUGAGUGCACCCGGCAGGGAGGCCACCCUCGUGGCCCUGGCUGUCAUACAGUCCCAGACAUUGCCUUCUUCUCCCUUCUCCUCUUCCUUACUUCUUUCUUCUUUGCUAUGGCCCUCAAGUGUGUAAAGACCAGCCGCUUCUUCCCCUCUGUGGUGCGCAAAGGGCUCAGCGACUUCUCCUCAGUCCUGGCCAUCCUGCUGGGCUGUGGCCUUGAUGCUUUCCUGGGCCUAGCCACACCAAAGCUCAUGGUGCCCAGAGAGUUCAAGCCCACACUCUCUGGGCGUGGCUGGCUGGUGUCACCUUUUGGAGCCAACCCAUGGUGGUGGAGUGUGGCAGCUGCCCUGCCUGCCCUGCUGCUGUCUAUCCUCAUCUUCAUGGACCAACAGAUCACAGCGGUCAUCCUCAACCGCGUGGAAUACAGACUGCAGAAGGGAGCUGGCUUCCACCUGGACCUCUUCUGUGUGGCUGUGCUGAUGCUACUCACAUCAGCGCUUGGACUGCCUUGGUAUGUCUCAGCCACUGUCAUCUCCCUGGCUCACAUGGACAGUCUUCGGAGAGAGAGCAGAACCUGUGCCCCUGGGGAGCGCCCCAACUUCCUGGGUAUCAGGGAACAGAGGCUGACAGGCCUGGUGGUGUUCAUCCUUACAGGAGCCUCCAUCUUCCUGGCACCUGUGCUCAAGUUCAUUCCAAUGCCUGUGCUCUAUGGCAUCUUCCUGUAUAUGGGGGUGGCAGCACUUAGCAGCAUUCAGUUCACUAAGAGAGUGAAGCUGCUGUUGAUGCCAGCAAAACACCAGCCAGACCUGCUACUCUUGCGGCAUGUGCCUCUGACCAGGGUCCACCUCUUCACAGCCAUCCAGCUUGCCUGUCUGGGGCUGCUUUGGAUAAUCAAGUCUACCCCUGCAGCCAUCGUCUUCCCCCUCAUGCUGUUGGGCCUUGUGGGGGUCCGAAAGGCCCUGGAGAGAGUCUUCUCACCACAGGAACUCUUCUGGCUGGAUGAGCUGAUGCCAGAGGAGGAGAGAAGCAUCCCUGAGAAGGGGCUGGAGCCAGAACACUCGUUCAGUGGAAGUGACAGUGAAGAUUCAGAGCUGAUGUAUCAGCCAAAGGCUCCAGAAAUCAACAUUUCUGUGAAUUAGCUGGAGUAGGAGUCUGGGAGUGGAGACCCCAGGAAACAGCAUGAGUUCACAGGUGCUUACUCAGGAAUUCAGGACAUUUUUGGCCUUUGGCUUAACUUCCAGAUGCUCAGUCGGCUUGGGGAAGGACUGAAGGGCAGCUACCAAGACCUCAGUUACCUCCUGACCUGAGGGUGGAGAGUGGCAGGAAGCAAGCAUGUUUGCUGUGCACUUAGGAAAGGCUGGUGAGCCAGAGGGACUGAUCAGGCUCCAUUCACUCUCUACUCAUUAAAAGGUCCUGAGCCACAAAGCGCUUCCCAUUUUGAACUUUCUGUCCUCACAGAUUCUCUUUGAUAGAAUCUAAGGGCCAUCAGGGAAUGCUUUUCAGCUUGCAAAAAGAAAAAGCCAGUCUUUCCAGAAUAAGUAUUCAUCUGUUUGAAAUAGUUUUUUACACAUAUAAAAAUAAUCUUUGGCUGGGUGUGGUGGCACAUGCCUGUAGUCCAAGCGCUUUGGGAGGCUGAGGUGGGUCCAGAGCAGCCUGAACAACAGAGUGAAACCUUGUUUA